GUAACAUCUAACCGAUAAUGUCAAAUUUUGACAUUUCUCUGAAGUGUUUGUUGAUGAAGUUGUUCUAGUUAUAUUAAACCAGUUUAAAACCAUAGUUUUUUAAGAUUUAUAAGGGCACAAUGUCGAAAAUCAACGAAUGUGACUUAUACGGAACCAAUUUCUCGACAGAGUCCAUGAAGGUGAUAGCGGAGAGCAUAGGAAUUGGCUAUUUGGGGGACGAUGCUGCCAAAGAACUAGCAGAAGACAUAUCCUUUCGAGUCAAGCACAUAAUUCAAGACGCCGCUAAAUUUAUGAACCACGCGAAACGUUCGAAACUGCUCCAAACCGACAUCGAUUCGGCGCUAAAAGUUAAAAACAUUGAGCCCCAAUACGGAUUCCAAUCCGCGGAGCCGCUACCGUUUAGAUUCGCCUCCGGAGGAGGCAGAGAACUGCAUUUCAUCGAAGAAAAGGAAGUCGAUCUCAACGAUUUGCUACACAAUAUAAACCCGAAGGCCCCGCUAGAAACCACUUUGCGAUCGCAUUGGCUGUGCAUCGACGGGGUCCAGCCUACGAUUCCCGAGAAUCCGCCACCUGUUGCAAAAGUUAUACAAAAAUUGGAGUCGGUCGAUCCGGUUAAAAAGAAACCUUUGAAGGAAACGGCGGGGAAACCCACGACCGGCAAACAAAAACUCAAAAAUAUCGAAACCGUGCAAAUCAAACAAUUAGCAACGCACGAAUUGUCAGUCGAACAACAAGUGUAUUAUAAAGAGAUAACAGAAGCCUGCGUUGGAUCGGACGAAGCGAGAAGAGCCGAGGCCCUUCAGAGCUUAGCCUCGGAUCCCGGUUUGCACGAAAUGUUACCUAGAAUGUGCACAUUUAUCAUAGAAGGAGUGAGAGUGAACGUUGUACAAAAUAACUUAGCGCUACUAAUCUAUUUAAUGCGAAUGGUCAAAGCCUUGUUAGAUAAUCAAUCGUUAUACUUAGAAAAAUACCUACACGAAUUAAUACCGUCUGUUACGACUUGUAUAGUAUCGAAGCAGCUCUGCAUGAGGCCGGAAUUGGACAAUCAUUGGGCGUUGCGCGACUUCGCGUCCAGAUUGAUGGCGCAGAUUUGCAAAAAUUUCAACACCAGUACGAAUAACAUUCAAACGCGCGUCACGAGGAUGUUCACCAACGCGUUGCAGCAGGAAAAAGUGGCUCUAUCUUCUCUCUACGGCGCCCUUCAAGGCCUAUCGGAACUCGGCGCUGAAGUUAUUCGAAUAUUUAUCCUACCGAGGGUCAAGAGCAUAGGUCAACGGAUUGAAACGAACUACUUGGAAGGGAAUUUGGUUUCGAAUAUGGAGAAAAUCGCUUCGAGUAACAUUAAAUCGCUUCUGAUUAAAGUACUGGCGCCUGUACUGAAAAGCAUCCGCAGCCCUCCGGAUAAUCUUGAAGAGUACAAACAGGAAUUCGGUUAUAUGGGGGUUUCAUUACAUUCGGCUGUAGUGAAAGCCAGAACGCAACCUACACCUGCUACGACAGGCUUCACGAAUAAUCCCAUAACCUGCAGUUCGACUAUUUCUCGAACCGUUAGCACACCUAGUGGAAUAAUUCAACAACAAACGUCUAGUGGCAGUCGAACGAUCGUAAUGAAUACCACACCGAGGGCGCAAAUGGCUCAAUCGAAUCAGAAAUUCGUGUUUGUGACGCAACGACCGCAGACUCCGAUGAGCUCGUCGCACCAGAUCCAACAGAACGCCCCCGCUGGGCAGAAUACGGUGGUGAAAUUCGUUUCAAAUACGAACCAGCAACCGAAGCUGGCCUCGCAGCAGAAAUUGGUGGUGGUGAAUUCGAACCAAGGCAACGUGCAGGGACAGAUCGCCGGCAGUCCGGGUAACACCGUGUUGAUUUCCAAGCAAAAUUUCGUCCAGCAACAGCAAUCCCCCAUUUUGGACGAUCUGUCGCAGUUGGUUUGAAUUUGAAGUUAGUUUUAAGGAUAAAUUUAGUAUUUUUAAUCGAUAUUUUAUAUUUUAUUAAAAUAAAAAUUUUAUCUGA